UGGCGCGCUUCGUUCAGUAGGUGGAGAGAGCGUUCUGUGAGUUAUACCUGCAGACAGUAGUGAUGAGCCGAUACGGGGGCAGCCGCACCGACCAGCGCCGGUCUCAACCACCGACCCGCUGGUCACAGGGACGUAAGCGCUGCUCAGAUGGGAAUUUUAGACGACAGAAUGAUGAGGAAGAGACCGUCUUUGGUGAAGAAAAGCCUUCCAAGAGCUGUGACCAGCGUCCUGACAGGCUCACUUCUCGGCGUUCCUUUCCUACCAGCUUCACCACGCCAGAGAGCCACAAGCCAGUGUCCCGGUGUAAGGACUGGGGGGCGGUAAUGGAAGAGGAAGAACAGUUGUUGGAAACAGUAGAGAAAGACUUGGAAAGGUACCGGAGAAAAUUGCUCAUUAAUGACUUUAACCCAAGAGAGCGUCGAUCAUCAUCUGGAAGCUCUGAUUCAAAGGAUUCCUCAACCCAUGGAGAAAUUGAAACGGACCCCGCUGUCCUCGCCAGGCGACAGAAGCAAAUUAACUAUGGGAAGAACACAAUUGCAUAUGAUAAAUACAUAAAAGCUGUGCCAAGACAUACAAGACAGCCAAAAGUUCAUCCACGGACACCUAAUAAAUUUAAGAAAUACAGCCGAAGGUCUUGGGAUCAGCAGAUAAAACUUUGGCGCAUUUCCCUUCAUGACUGGGAUUCCCCAAAAGAGGAAAUGGAUGACCUGCAGCCAUUUUCUGAAGAGAUGAUCUGUUCAGUUUCUGAUUCGGAGGAGAACCUUUUUACAGGCACGCCAACCAAAGUCCAGAAAACGGAGACAGAGGGAGGGUUUGACUUGGAAUCCUGCCUAAACGAUGGAGCGGACGACGAGUUUGCGCAGUUAAGUGUCAGCUGAUGGAGAGGCGCACAUUAAAUCCUAUUUCAUGGGCUUCCUGGGCUGGAGCUCAUAUCCGCUGCUUGUUUUGCAGCUUCAUUUAGGACUUUAUGCCUGCUCAAAAUUCCUGUUAGAUAUUGGUGCUGGCAGCUAUAUAUAUAUAUUUUGGAUGGAGCACUUGAUACUGGAACAGCUGCACUGUCAGUGCUUUGUCGACAGCUUGGAAUGGAUGCAACUUGUGACUGUUGCUGGGAAUAAGUUAUACCUUUCUAUUACACUUGCUUUGGUUAUACGCGUUAACCUUGGAUAAUUCUGCUGACUUUUGUACAGAUUUUGGAUGUUCUCGCUUGCUUUUAAUGCAUAACCUUUCAGUUAUUUUUUGGUUUUUUUUUUUGCAAAAAGUGGCCAAUUGGGAAGAACAUAAAAGCUUCAUACAAGCUCCUCUCCUUAGACAAAGGCCAGUUACAUUCAGUUCAGCUUAGGAGUCGGCUCUAGUGACUUGGGACAAUGUAGAACAUGAAGAAAUGCAAGUUCUUACAGAUGCAAAUGUAAAGGGAUCUGGAAAACCUGUUGUGACAAUAGGGUACAAACACGCUUUUCUUGUAUUCACCCGUGGAUUGCCUAGAUUUGUGUGAAACCUACCAAAUGGGAACACUGGCGCAAACUGAAAUGUGGCCUGGCUGCUUAAAGGGAUAUUCCCUCAUUAGUCUAUGCCAGCAAUGUCAGGUUCAGGCCCCUGAAGUGAAUGGAGAGCAGGUGAACUUGCAUGGCUACCCUCCAUUCACUGCUGUGGCAGUUCAGAACAUAGUGGUGCACUGGCUCGUUUGUUUCCGGCAAUCCUAUAGAGUUGGCCACGUGUGGUUAGUCCCAUAGCAGGGAAUGGAGAGCUAGCUGCACAUGCAGCGUCCUUCACCUUGGGGCCGUUCUGGUGAUGGGCAAGUGUCCCACCUCUAGGAUCUGCUACUAGUGGAUAUUGAUGCCAUAUGAGGUCUGUGUCCCAGAUAGGGAGGCCUAUCAUCACACAACCCAUGGAUCGAUGUGGCACUGUUCUGAAACCAGCUUUUUUUUUUUUUUUUUUACAACCACUUGAUAAGGCUACUUUCACACUUGUGGCAGUGUGAUCCGACAACGGAACUGGCCGCUGGAUCCGCUGAUUUGGAUGUGACUGAAAG